ACUCUUCUUGCUGGUCAAGGGUCAAUACAUAGAUAUAUUCUCUUAAAAUAGAUAGUCAUUUAUUGAUUUAAAUAUACAAUUUAUAAUUGUUAUACAUCGGAACUAUUGUUCUGAUAUGUUUUCUCUUUAGCCGCUGAGGUUUCUUUUUUUUCUUUUUGCAGUCUUUUUUGUGGUUCCAGAAAAGCCCAAUUUUGAGAUUUAAAUUUGCGGCUUCUCAUUUCAUAUACAAAAAUUCUUUUUGUACAUCCUCUUCUUUCAUAUAUCAUAUCGAUUCCCCCUCAAUCUUAAUAUCAUUACAUUAAGAUUAUUCAUUGGAAUUGAUAUAUAUUUUAUUUAAGAUGCAAAAGAAAGCAUUUCAAGUUAUUGUUUCCACAUUAUUUUAUAAUUUUGUGUUGGGCUCUUCCAAGGUUGAAGAUGUGGUUGGAGAGUCAUGUUGUGGAGAAAUUGAAGACGUUGAAUAUGAUUUAAUUCAUAUCAUAAGUGAAGAAGAUGACGAUGUGGAUGUUUAUUUCAAGGAUGAUGUGGAGUCAGAUGUUGUCGACUCGAUUCCUAGUUUUGAAAAGUCAAGUUUUUGUUCAGAAUCAAGUGUUACUAUUAGUUCUUCCGAGGAAAGUGGAUCCGUCGAUGCUGCUGAAAUUAAACCUGUGGAUGAAGUCAAAGUUAUUAGAGGUAAACAUAGUUUUGGAUUGAAACAUAUUUAUGAAAAGAUUGAAUCUAAGGGUUCAACUUCUGUUAUUACUACUACUACUACUGGUGCUGGUGUUGUUAAUAAUGGCGGUAAAAUUUAUGAUGAGAAUAAAUCACUUAGAAGAAAGUUAUCUAACUUACUUAGAAAUAGAAGUUCAAGAAAAAGUCAAGGUUUUUAUGAUAACUCAAAAUUUGAUUCAAAUAAUUCCAUUUCUCAACCAUCAAGAAAAUCAUUAAGAGGAUCUUUUUCAAAAUUAAAAAGAGAUCAUAUUAGUUUUCACAAAUCAAGUUUAAAAGAUAGUUUGAGAUGGUGUAAAGGUUAUAGAAGUAUUCCUGCUGUUUCUAUUAGAUCUGACUUAGAAUUAGAAGAAUUAGAUUCUAAUUAUGGUUCUUUAAUUUCUGAUAGUUCAAAAGCUUCUGUUAUUUCGGUAAUUACUCAUGGUUCAAUUCUUUUUGAUGAACCUGAAUUGGAAUUUUCACUGGUUAGAACUUUAAAUGCUGGUGUUAUUAUUCCUAAAAAUUAUGUUGCUUCUGGUAUUUCUGAUAAUACUUUAAGUUUGGUUAAAAAGCUUACUCCAGUUAGCAAAAUUUAUGCUGUUUAUUAUCCUUUUAAUAUUACUCCAAGUUAUAUGGUUUGUCAUAAAUUUAAAUCAAUGAAUCUUUUGAAUAAUUUAGAUUCAAGAUUAUUUUUCAUUCCUACUUUAACUAGUUCUUUUGGUCCAAUUACUUUAAUUUCAGGUUCUUCUGCUGAAUUGGUUAGAAAGGUUAAAUUACCUAGUUUAAUGGGGUCAUCAGCUAUUGUUAAAUCCAUUGGUCCAUGUGUUUCAGUUAGUUCUGCUGUUGUUCCUCAAGGUUUUAUUAUUUGGUUUAAACUUGAGUUGAACUUCAAAUUGGAAAAAGUUAAAAGUAUCUUGAAAAGAUUUUUUGGUAAAUUUAAAUUGGUUAGUGGUACAGGUUCUGGUUUUGUUGGUAAUACUGUUGUCGCUCCUCAAUCAUAUCUUAUCUCAGGAAAAUUUGAGUUGAGCUUCGUUAAAAACCAUUUUGGUUCAAGUAUUGCUUCAGCUACUUUAAUUGGUCCUGUUAAAUUAACUUCCAUUUACAAAGAUAUUUCUGGUUCAGUUGUUUCUAGCUAUACUUAUAAGGCUCCCCUUGUUACUAAUAAGCUUGGGUUGAGCUUUUGUUAUAAUCAUUUAGAUUAUUGUAUGGCUAAAGUGACUUCAUAUGAAUCGGUCAAAUUAACUUUUUCUAGCAGACUUAUUGAGUCUCUCAAGUAUGAUUCAGAUAUUGUAGGUUAUUUUACUGUUGUUCCCCUUGUUACUAUCAUUCAUGGACUUGGGUUGAGCUUUGAAAAUAAUAAUUUACAUUCAGAUAAUGCUUUUAGUUUGGUUCAAUGUGAUACAUUUAUUAAGUCUGGUAUUUAUGCUGUUCAUUAUACUACUUUUAUUGGUCCAAGAUCUAUUAGAUCUUAUGAAUUGGAGUUGAUGAAGUUUAUUGGUCAUAUUGAUUUUGAUAUAUAUUAUCCUCCAACUAAUUAUGGAUUUGGUAGAGCUGUUUCUUGGGGUUCUGAUGAUUCUGAUGACUCAAAUGAAUCGGAAUCGUGUUUUCAAACCGAUGUUUCUGGUUGUUCUAUUAGAGAUGAGUUUGCUGGUUCUGAUGAUGAAUUUGAUGAUGCUACAGAUAAUAUUAUUUCAGCUGUUUCUGAAAAGCAUUUUGUUCUUACUUUAGAUGAUGAAUUUUUAGAUGAUGAAAAAGAUUAUGAUAAUUCCAGUGAUAAUGAUGCAAGUUUUUGUUGUGGUAAAUCAGCUGGUAAAAAAGAUUUCUCAGUUGGUAUUGAAUCAAAUUUAUAUUUUGAUUCAAAUUAUGAUGAUGAAGGAAAUUCUUUUGUUAAACCAAGAAAGUAUCAAGAAUUAAUUAAUUAUUAUGGUAGUGAAGAAUAUCAAAACUAUCUUAGAGACUUAUUAGGAGAGAGUAAGGAGAAUGAAGGUUAUAAGUUGUGGCCCUAUUGGAAUGCUGAUAGAGAGCUUAUUGUAAUUCCAUAUUCUGAAAAUCCAAAUUGUUUCAAUGAUACUAUUACUUCACCUCCAUCUGAUACUUAUCGUGCUGAUUCUGCUAACGAAGAUAUUAAACAUCUUUAUAAUUAUCAAGGAACUUUUUUAGAUAAAUGGUGGUUGCCUCUUAAGAGAAAACCUGAUUAUGUUAAGUCAAAAUUAUCUUUAUGUUAUCCUCACCCUACAAGAGCUUCUAAUGAUGAUUCUUGUUUUAGAAAUGGUUCAUAUUAUAGUAAUGAUGAUUAUGAUGAUUAUGAUGAUUUUGAUGUUGAAGAUUAUGAUUACAAGGAACCUAAUAACAUGUCUACAUAUGAUUCAGAAAAACUUAAAAAUUUAGAAGAAGGAACUUAUAAUGAUAAUCAUGAAUUUGUUGUUGAAGCUGAAACUUCUUAUGAAGAAACUAUUAUUUCAUAUCCGGUUGAAACUGAAUCUAGUGAGGUAAUAUUUGAUAGAGAUUAUUUUGAUAAUCUUGUUGUUGAUGAUUGGUGUGAUUAAUGGUGGUGAUGGUGGUUUACGAACAUUUUAUAUAAGUUAAUUUUUAUUAACAUUCUCUUUUUCUUUUUCUCUUUUGUUUCUCUCUUCUCUCUCUCUCUUCUCUCACAUAGGAUACUUUCUUAUCUUAUUUUAUAUUGUUAUUUGUUUUAAUAAAUUAUUGUUUUACUAACUUUCCC